AUGGCCAAGACCCUUAGUGACCAUCUCCUGAACUCCCUGGAGCAGCUGCUACUCUAUGACUUUGAGAAGUUCAAGUUCAUGUUGCAAAACACCAACUUGGAGAAAGAGUAUUCUCUUAUCCCCCGAGGUGUGCUCCAGAUGGCCGGGCCAGUGAAGUUGGCCACUCUGAUGGUCAACUACUAUGGGGAGGAGGAUGCCAUUCGGCUGACCCUGCAGGUACUUCGGGCUAUCAACCAGCGUUUUCUGGCAGAGAAACUCCAGAAGACCACCGGCCAGGGUAAGGCCGAGGCUGGGAAGGGGCCUCAGAAGAAGAGCCAGGACAGGUGCCUGGACAAGCAGGGCAAGCCAGGGGCCAGGAGCAUGACUCCCCCUUCCAGGAGAGGCCCGGCCCUGUCUUCAGCCAGGCUGCCUGGCGAGAAGGGUUGCAUCCGCAGCCCCAGCCUGCGCAGGAACGCUAACUCUACCAGCAGGCUGCAGGAACUCUGCAGCCACUCAUUCUCCGGGUCCCUGAGGAGGCCCGUGUAUGAGAAAGCUGAAGCCAAGAAGCGACCCAAAAGCCUGGAAUUUGCCAUUCCUUCCGGAGAGAGAGGACCUGUCAACCCAGAAACUCUCCGCUCUCUAACGAACAUAAGAAUUGUGACUCCAGGCAUAGUGGCCGUUCUAGGGGCUGAGGAGGCUCCUGGGGUGCCAGAGAAAGGUUCCAGGGGUCUAGAAGAUUCCAUGCGCCAAGAGCAGGAUACAUUAAGGAGCGCCCUCACCAGUGUGUCCUUGACUGGAGGGGAGCAUGAAGCCUCCACCGCACCCUUGGAGGAAAAUGGAAUUGGGAGUUCAGAGGCCCCUGGGAUGUUCUGUGAACCUUCAAAUCCACAAUCGGCUCCAUCUUUGGGGAAGAAAGGGCUCCAGAAUCCCGGACACGCCUCGUCUUUAGACACGGUGGUGUGUAAAGGGAAACCGCAGGAAGGAGACCCAGUCGGUGGUUCCUGUGUGCAUGGUUCUAGCAGCUGCUCUGGGGAGCAUGGGGCCUCAGGCAACCACUCUCUCAGCUGCCCCCGCGGUCAGGCCCCGCUCCCCAAACAGCAGCAGUUGCUUCGAAGUGUCAGCUCGGAGCCCCCACCCCAGUGUGAGCGGCACAAGCAGCAGCCCUGCCUGCUCUUCUGCGAGGAGCACAGCCAGCCUGUCUGUCUCAUCUGCAACCUGAGUCAGGAGCACCGAGGUCACCAGGUGCGCCCCAUUGAGGAGGCUGCUCUGGAAUACCAGGAACAAAUUCACUGGCAGCUGGAGCAUCUGAAGGAAUUGAGAAAGUCUGGGCAAGAGCAGAAAUGCCAGGGGGAUAAGGAGACAGCCAACUUCUUGAAACAGAUGGAGGACCAGAAGCAGAAGGUCCGGUGCCAGAUGCAGCAGCUGUGCCACUUCCUGGAGAAGCAGGAGCAGCUGUUUGUGGCCCGGCUGGAGGAGCUGGGGCAGACCAUUGGCCAGGCCGGGGAGAACUAUGACAGCCGGGUGUCCCGCGACAUCGCACUUCUGGACGAGCUCAUCGGCGAGCUGGAGGCCAAGCAGUGCCAGCCGGCAUGGGGUCUUAUGCAGGACAUUGGAAUCACCCUGCAGAGGGCCAAGACGGCGACUGUCCCGGAGCCAUGGGCCACCCCUUCAGAAGUGAAAGAGAAACUCCACCUCUUCUACCAUAAGUCUGAGUUUGUGGAGAAGAGCAUGAAGCGCUUCUCAGAAAACCUGCGUUCAGAAAUGGAAACGUUCCUUGUUGAGCACAGUGACCAGCUCCAGGACUAAUAGCUACUCGGGCACAUGAAGGUAAGUGCCCAGGUCCUGGCACGUGGCCUUAGACUCCUGGGUCCUUAUGUCCUCCCCUAUUGGGUUCCAGAAGAGCGGUCACAUUCAUGUGUCCUGGAAGUGGGGAGAACCCUUGGGGAUGCUUCCCAUGGACCACGAGCUGGGUAUCUUGACUCUGCAGUUGAUGUGAUUCCGGAGGAUACAGAAACGUCCCAUCCUAACCGCAUCUUCUCUGAUGAGCUGAAGAGCAUGAGACUUGAGAAAACGAUGAUCAUUUGCCUGAGGGCCCAGGAAGGUUCUGUAGCUGCCUUCUGGCCCUGGGCUCUCUGACCUUCUUCUCUGCCGUCAGUACUGGGAAGUGGACGUGGGAGACGAGACAUGCUGGAUCCUGGGAGUAUGCCAAGUGUCUAUGAGCUAGAAGGGGAUUGUGGCUCUGUCACCUGAGAAUGGCUACUGGGUGUUGAUGAUGAUAAUGCAAAAAAGUAUCAGGUCUCCACCUUACCCCUACCCGCCGGUGGAUGAUGGAGCCAUCACAGUGGGUGCGUAUCUCUCUGGACUAUGAGGCUGGAGACAUUUCUUUUCACAAUGUGACAGCGAAAUCCUACCUCUACACGUUCACACUUCUCACCCUCGGCACCCCUUCAACCUGCCUUCAGCCCAGGUUCCAAUGACUGAGGGAAGAACAUGGAGCCUUGACCACCUGUCCAGUGUGUGUUCAGGGACAAAACGAAAUGCCAAACACGUUGCAGCUCUCUUCCUGCACCCAGCCCUGCAUCUCACACUCAUAUUCGCAGCCAUCACUAGUGGACAUCUUCUGGGUGCUAAGUGCUGCAGGUAUAAUAAAUAUGAAAACAGUCCCCGUGCCCACAGGAUAGUAGCGGAGGUAACCUAGAUGCACAAACAUUGGUAAACCAUAAGCACUAAUGACGUAUAGCAGAUUUCACAGGAGGAAGUGCGUGGUUGUUGCUUAAUGAACACUUGUAUGACUUAGCACCUUCUGCUGCUCCUAAAGCUCACCGUCUCCCUCUGAAUGUGUCACCUUAUUGUAAACUUGCCUGUCAAGAGGAAGAGGAAGCUGGGAGGACACUGAAGCAGACUGGGUUGUUUACAAAAGUAUUUUAUACCUGGAUUAAUCAGCUCAGGCUCGUAUGAGCACUGACCUGGCCUUUUCAAUAAAUCCACUAGGAAAUUUGGCCAUAAUUACAUUAACUGUCAUUUAGAUGACAGCUGUGGGAUCCCAUUUCCCUACUACUGAAUAUCUGAGAUGGGGGCUGCUAUGAUUGACAAAACAUUGACUCAUAUUCCCAGUGUUGAUUAUUCUGCUCAGGUCUGUAUCAAAGGAACUCUGGUGAUGGGGUGGGGUUAAGCAUUAGGCUAUUAAAUGAAAAAUUGGCCAUUCAA